ACGUGUAAACAUAAAUAAAAAAAUAUAACAGAGUGUUUUCUAACUCCGCUCAUAUAAUUUUUUAAUUUUUAAAAAUUCAAAUAAUAACAAACAAUUAUAAUUUUUACCUUUACAGUUUAUUUAUUUAAUAAACUCAAGUAAUUUUUAUCAUCUGUCGUGUUGAUGCUGAACUUAAAAUCACUUCUAAUUUAAAAAUAUAUAUAAAAAUAAUAAGAAAGAAAAGUUAUUGUGAAUUUGAGAAAAAAUUAUUUAAAUAAAUUUUUAAAAUAAUUGAAAUAAUGAAGACUGCACCUCAUCAGCGAUUAGUAAUGGUUGGAGAUCGUGACGGGUUGAAAGAACUCUUAAGACGUCGUCUUGUUGAAUGCGGAUGGCGGGAUCAAGUUAAAAUAAUUUGCAAAGAAUUGAUAAAAGAAAAAGGGCAUGACAUCACGUAUGACAACAUGCUGACAACAGUAACGAGCAGAGCACGCAGUCUUGUACCUGAUUCUGUAAAAAAAGAACUGUUGCAAAAAAUAAAAAGUCAACUGUUGGCACAAGAAGAGAAAUUAAAAAUUUAAUAAUUAUAAUAAUCAGUUAAUUAAUAUUAAUUCUUAUUAAAUAUUUUGUGAUAAGUAAUUUAUUUUAUAACUAUAAUUACUUCAUCAAAAUAAUAUUACAUUCAUGUACAUUUAUUAAUUAUGAUAUCAAUGCAAUUACUUCAGUUAUGUCUCAACAAUAAUUAAAUAAUUAAUUUUUUUUUAUUAAAUACACUUACAAUUAAUACUCUGCCGAUCUAUAAGUGACUGUAAAUAAUUAUAUUG